AUGACCUCCCACAGCCCCCCGGAAACACCGUCAUCCUCGGGAGCCCUCACGCCGACACACUCCUCCACCAACCCAUCCCUUUCAAACUCUAUGAUUUCGACGAUGUGGUCAGGUCUCAUACGUCGAUUCUCUUCCGAUAUACCCGAAUCCUACAACGGGACCCACGGUCAUCCCAACGAGCCUUCACACCUAGCCCACGCAUACACUGAGCCUGUCAGCAGCGAUGCCUUCAAGGACGGCAUCAGUGGUGUCUUCGUACCCUCUAAUCUCAAGCGUACCGUGAGCCCCUUUCGCCCGCCUCCGCUGGAUCCUAUUGUACUACACGGCUUCAAGGAUAGCACGCCGGCGAGCGCACGGCUGCUGGGUAUUGGUGUUGCCGAAGAGAUUCGUAUUAUGCUACCCGAGCGGUUACGGAUUAUAGAGGAUUGGAAGUUGGUCUACAGUUUGGAACAGGACGGUGCCAGUCUGGCAACUCUAUACCAGAAGGCAGCCGCGUAUCAGGGCCGGCGGGUUGGGUUCGUCUUGGUCGUUAGAGACGACGCUGGCGGUACUUUCGGCGCCUAUCUCUCGGAAUACCCUCAUCCAGCACCUAAGUACUUUGGGAAUGGCGAGUGCUUUCUCUGGCGCGCUUCUACCCUUACCCCUCUCCCACCGCCGCCCUCCGCCGACACAACGAACCUCACGCGCUCCACAACUGUAGCGAGUCCGACUCGCCCGACAUUUGCCGAAGAUGAUCGCCCACAGCCAUCGCCCACGCCGAGUGAGUCGAUCCGAUUCAAGGCGUUUCCCUACUCGGGCGUAAAUGAUUAUUAUAUCAACUGCGAGACAGGCUUUCUAAGCGUCGGCGCCGGUGACGGACACUACGGCCUAUGGCUGGAUGAUAGCCUCGACCGCGGUCAUAGUGGACGCAGCCAGACCUUUGGCAAUGAGCCACUGAGCGACGAGGGUGAAAAGUUUGGCGUGCUGGGUGUUGAGCUGUGGGUGCUGGGCGCAUGA